AUGGUGGAGAAGCGCUGCCCGCUGCAGAGGGACGGCGUGUACCGCUGGUUCGCCGAGCUCCCGUCGCCGCAGCGCGUGGAGUUCCUGUGCGGGCUGCUGGACCUGUGCAUCCCGCUCGAGCUGCGCUUCCUGGGCUCGUGCCUCGAGGACCUGGCGCGCAAGGACUACCACUCGCUGCGGGACUCGGAGAUCAAGGCCAACAACCCCGCCGACCUGGGCAGCCUCACCAACCUCACGGACGAGGUGGUGCGCAGCAAGCUGCUCGUGUCGCUGGCGCUGCUGGGCUCGGAGCAGCGCGAGGCGGCGGGCGUGCUGUACCGCACGCUCACGCACAUCGACUCCAUCAUCCACAACUACGGGCUGCAGCUCAACGAGGGCCGCACGGGCGAUGAGUUCCUGCUGCUCUUCACCAUGGCCUCCAACCACCCGGCCUUCAGCUUCCACCAGAAGCAGGUGCUGCGCCAGGAGCUCACGCAGAUCCAGAGCAGCCUGAGCGGCGGCGGCGGCGGCGGGCCCCCGGGUGCCAAGGGCGCGCUGCCCACCUGCCCGGCCUGCCAUAAGGUCGCCCCGAGAACUGAGGCCCCCAGCAGCAGUGGGAGCAGCAACCUGGAGAAGGCAUUGCCCACAUCGGCACAUUCCACAGACGAGGCGCUGCCUAAGAGGCCUGGCGGCAAGCACAGCAAAGUGAGUGUUGAAAAGAUAGACCUGAAGGGACUGUCCCACACAAAAAAUGAAAGAAAUGUUGACUGUUCCUUCGAGGUCUUGUGGUCUGAUUCUUCAAUAACAUCAGUAACCAAAUCUUCCUCUGAAGUAACUGAAUUUAUCUCAAAGCUCUCUCAGCUCUACCCUGAAGACAGUCUGGAGAAAUUCAUUCCUUGUGUAGCUGGCACAGACUCUUUCUAUGGAGAGCGGAACCACAUGGACCUGGAAGUGGACCUGAGGUGUCUGGCCUCACUGCCGGCUCAUGUCCUGCGGAGCGAGCAUGCCAGAGUCUUCUUCAGCACCUCAACUCCUGCCCAACAGCUUCAAAGUCCAAGUCCUGGCACCCCAGCCCUGGCUAAAGUUGGCACAACCUUGGGCACGUCUGGGAGGCCUGUGUGUGGAGUGGCCGGAAUCCCGUCGGCCCAGAGCAGUGCCCAGCAUCACUUGCAGCACACAGCCAACACGGCUGCCGUACCCCACUGUUCACAUGCCGGGAACCCAGGCACGGCGCUGGCCUACCGGGCACAGAUGGAUGCCUCGCCUGCCCUCCUCAUGCCUCCUGGCCUGCAGCCAGCUCCAACACAGGAGCAGAAUGGGAUCCUAGAUUGGCUCCGAAAGUUGCGUCUGCACAAGUACUACCCGGUCUUCAAGCAGCUCACCAUGGAGAAGUUCCUGAGCCUCACUGAAGAAGAUCUCAACAAAUUUGAGUCCCUCACCAUGGGAGCAAAGAAAAAGCUCAAGACUCAGCUGGAGCUGGAGAAGGAGAAGUCGGAGAAGCGGUGCCUGAACUCUGCUGGCCUGGCCCCGGCCAGCAACAGCGGUGUGGCUCGAGUGCCCCCCACCAGCCAUGUGGGCCCCGUACAGGCUAUGCGGGGGGGCAGCCCGGCAGCAGCGCUGCGCGUGGAGGUGGAGCCGGCCCCUCGCCAGGCUCGGGAAGGCAGCUCGUCUGAGUGCUCCAGCUCCUCCCCGAGCCCCAUGGGUGUGCAGGCCCGGGAAGAGAGCUCAGACAGCGCUGAGGAGAGUGAGAGACGUGUGGAACUGCCCCUGGAUGGCUCCUGCGACAAGGAGAAGCCUGUGAUGCUGCUUGGCCACUUUGUUGCGCCCUCUGCCAGGCCCACAGCCCAGGUGCUCCCUGUGCAGAAUGAGGCAAAUGCCAACCCACCGCCCCACCAGCCCCUGGCACCCCAGAUGCUGCCUGCGGCCUCACACAUGGCGCCCUUGCGCAUGCUGAGCUCCGUGCACAAGGCAGAGCGGGGUGGCACUGACCCUAAACUCCUGCCCUCUGUGCACUCACUGCUGUCUCUUGAGGACAGGGCCAAAGUCUCGGGACCAAGGGGCAGCCUGAAAGUGGACAAGAGCUUCGGCAGUGCUGUGCUGGAUGUGCUGCCCACCGCCGCCUCCCACCAGCCCAUGCAGGUCCUCUCUGGACUCACUGAGGGCAGCUCUGUGCCCGCCACUGUCUCUUUUGGGCCCCGGGCCAAGGUAAUGCCCGCUGCAGCACUGGACAGAGUGUUGAAACCUGCCACGGCGCCUGUGCUGGGGACAGAAGCCAGCAGUGCCACCUCGGGGACAGCCAGCACCGUCUUCCACGUGGCCCGGCCACCUGUUAAGCUGCUGGUAUCAGCGUCUGUCCCAGCUGAGUCUGCCCCCUCGAACAGCAUGCAGAUCAGCGUGCCCCCAGCCAUUGUGCCCCCACGGACAGCUCUAUACACAGCUGGCACCAAAGCUGCCUUCCCCAGCGUGGGCCCUUUGCAGGGCAGCUUCAGCGCCACGUCCAGCAGCCACACCCCAUCGUCUUUCUCCAGCAUGGGUACAGCGCCCAGCUGCCCAGUGCCCAGCUCCAGCCCUGCGCUCUCCUCAGCCCCUGAUAGCAGCUUCUACAGUGGCAGUGGUGGCUCUUCUGGGAACAUUCCUGCCUCCAGCCAGAAUCAUCACCACCACCACACGCCCACCCCGCAGCAGCCCACACCAGCCCCGGCCCCCGGCUGUGUGGUUUGUACCUCGUGUGGCUGCAGCGGCAGCUGUGGAUCUGGUGGCCUCACCGUCAGCUAUGCCAACUACUUUCAGCAUCCGUUUUCCGGGCCUUCAGUCUUCCCCUUCCCUUUCUUGCCCUUCAGCCCUGUGUGUGGUGGUGGCUAUGUGGGCGCGCAGCAGUAUAGUAGCGGUGCCUUCCCCACCAUGCACUCACCCUACGGCAGCGGCGUGGCACCCGAGCCCGUGCUGGGUGGCCAGUCAUCCUUCACUGUGCCACCCAUGCGCAGCUUUCUGGUGGGGGCGGCAGGAAUGUACCAGGCCCAGGGGCUGGUGGGUACCAGCAACAGCUCUAGCCACAAAAAGAGUGGGAACCUGUCAUGUUACAACUGCGGAGCCACAGGCCACCGUGCGCAGGACUGCAAGCAGCCAUCCAUGGACUUCAACCGGCAAGGUACUUUCAGGUUGAAGUAUGCCCCUCCGGCAGAGAGCCUGGACUCCACAGAUUGAUCCUUUUCUCUGGAACACUUGGAAGCCACGGGCCCGUGAGGAAGGUGGGAUCCAGACCCAAGGGCCAAGCUGUCGCCACACUUCCUCUUCUUAUCCCAAAGGUGCUUCACUUCCCUGGACUGGCUGGAGGCCUGGUGUGGGCAAGCGUCCCUCUGGGCACUGCCGGUCCUCAGCCCCCAGAGCUGGAUCGUGAGACUUGCCUGGCGGGUGUCUGCAGCUGUGGGGUUUGGCCUGACAAUGGGGCCAGCCUCACUCAGUCCCAGGCUCACAUAAUUCCAGGGCAGCUAUGAGACGGGCCCGGGACUGAAAGCGGGAGACCGCUCGGGCCCGCUCUGGGACGGCGCCAUUUCGGUUCCGUCUUUUCUAAAGUGGUGAGCGCUCAUCUGGGGCUUUUGUGGAUGCACCACGAAGCAGCAUGAGCCCUCCAGCCCCCUUCUAAGAGUCGGCACCAGCAGACUCCGUGUCUUAGUACAGCAGACAUCAGGGCUUCCCUCCUCCCCAAACACUCAAGCAGCUGCAGGUGGGAGACGCUUUCUGCCAAUAAAACUCUGCUCCAUUGUUCAGUACCAGAGCUACUUGAAACAGCUCUCAUUUUAAGGGUCCAAAAUUAUCCCGAGUCCUCAGAGCUUGGGGUCCCCUUCCCAGCCGGCAUCCACAGCGCCUCGUCCUCAACUGAGUGGCACAUGUCCCCCACAGCUCUCCAGGACCCCAACGAGUCACAGUGAGACUGUGCCGCUUUCCCCUGACUGCCCUCCUCCCUGGCUGGAGCGGGAAUGGUAUCUUGUCAGUAUCUUGUCAGCUGUGAAGAAUCUUCCGUUACAAUGACCUGCCAGCUCCAGCAAAGGGGGUAGUC